CAAAGGAACUUGAUGCCCAUUCAGAGUGGCAGCAAGGGCCAGAGUUUCUACAUCUUCCAGAGAGCGAGUGGCCAGUUAUGUCGUCAAAAGAUGUGUCUUUGACAGCUCGAGAAAGCAUUAACAAUAUGCAAAAGAAGUCAUUUGUGGCAGCACUCACAAGAGCCCAAGCGAAAAAAAGUCUUCCAAGUCUUGUGGGACGACUUCCUGCUGGUGCAGCUGUCCUAAACUUGGUGAAUGAGAGGCGCUUUAGUAGCCUAAAGUGUCUAAUCAAGACUGUUGCUUUUAUCUGGAGAGCCGCCAAAAAGUUUGCAUCUGCAACAAAGUCCAUUGAGAACCCAAAGUGGGAGGCGAUUCCCACAAAAGGAGUUAUCACCGCCACAGAACGUCAAGAAGCAAUAAGAGACAUCUAUCUUGCUGCUCAAGAAGGGGUGACGUUCCCAGCUACCACUACGGACCGCUUGGUUGUGUACAGAGAACCAGAAUCUGGGUUACUAGUUUGCGGUGGGAGAAUCCAUGGCUUCAGGGAGGAUGGCGCUGCAGUUCCCCUUCUGCCUUGUAAUGCAUGGGUCUCUACUUUAUUGGCACGGGAGGCGCACGAUGAGGGUCAUGAAAGUGUGGCUGCAACCCUGCUGAAACCUCACCGAAAUGGGGCUGCUGAAGCCGCUGUCCGCAUUCUCAAGAAGGCACUCCAGAGCCUGGGCAACAACACUGGCCUCAGCUACAGCGAGCUUCAGACAACACUACAACUUGCUGCAAACCUUGCCAACGAAUGCCCAAUAGACGCCAGGGUGCAGAGCCAUGAAGAAAGCGUGCAGUAUGUGUCACCCAACACACUUCUCCUGGGCCGAGCCUCUCCAAGCGGUGAGAUCAGAACAUUUGACUUUGCAAACUACCCUUAUAAGAGACUCAGAGAAAUGCAGAACCAGGUCAACAAGUUCUGGAGGUCUUGGAGCCAGCUUGCCGGCCCAAACUUAUUUCUGAGAAGUAAAUGGCACACUCUGCAUCGCAACGUUGCUAUCGGAGAUAUUGUCUGGUUGUGCGACCAAAAUGCAGUGAGGGGCCAAUUCAAGCUAGGACGGGUGGUGAGCGUAAAUCCAGAUGCUAAGGGCAUUGUUCGGGACGUAAACGUCAAAGUGGUCCAAAGCUCCUGCCUUCCUGUCACGAAACCCACACUAAAUCGGCCAUCCGCCAAAGUCCUGAAAGAAGCUACCCAAACCACGGUUCUGCACAGAGAUGUUCGACGCCUGGUUGUCUUACUACCAGUUGAGGACCAAACUCGGAGCUGACCGGCAGUAAGCAGGUGCUGAUUUACGAUCUUUCCAUCGGUUCCCGUGGGAAGAUCGAGUGGGAGGUGUGCUGACAAACUGCCUGGGAGCUCCUCCCAUUCAAUCAGUGGUGAACCAGGUGGAACAAAUCUUCCAAGCAAUCUGAGCAUGCCAGUACCUGGCUCUGUUGUCUUUAGACAGUGGAAGGAGCAUUAAAGAGCACCACAAAACCAAGGAACUUCAUCUUUGAAAUCAAGGUAUUUGUGCAAGAUCAAGCCCUCCACAAAACUGUGAAGGACAGCCGGUAAGCGCCAUAUUGGCCAUGUUUUGACUUUGAUUGGACUUUUUGCUGUAGUAUUUGUAACUUCCAAUGUUGUUUAGUUUUAUCAAACAAGUGGGGUACAAAGGAUAAGUAAGAGCCAAAUUCAUUGUUUCAUAAAGAAUGUUUGUUUGAAAUGGUUAAAAGUAAUUUAAACAUUGUAGAAAUCUUAAUAAACCAAGUUCUUAAUUCAGUUUAGUCUUCAGAGUCUGAAAUUUUGGCUAAAAAGAAAUGUAAGAUCUAGUAACUUGGCUAAAAAAGAUUGAAACAUAGUUUGGCUAAAAUAUAAUGAGAUCUAUUUAAUUAACAUGAAUAUUAAACCAAUUGAAGGUAAAAAAGGUAUUUGGCUAAAGGUACUUGGUUAAAAGAUAAAGUAUACAUUUUGAAAAUUAAAAUACCAACUGUUUUGUUUGGUAGAACAUAUUUAGUUGUACGGUUACAAUGAAAGUAAUGUGUUUAUCCAGGUUAUAUGUGAAUGACUUUGUGCAUUUAAUUUGGCUGUAACUCAGAUAAUAACUUGUAUUUGUAAUCUUUCUUUUGAGGUUUUUCACCUGUUUACUGCCAACCAAAGAAUGGUAAAUAAAAGACAAAGAACCGAUCCCAUGGCUGUUUGAGUGAAAUCCUGUUAAAAUCUUCAUG